AUGAGUUUCCAGGACGUCUGCCACGACCUGGAGGCGGGCCACCCGCUCCCGCCGCGUCCCCCGCCGCCGCCGCCGCCGCGGGCCGUGGUGGCGCACUGCGUCUUCCAGAUCAACACCAAGGUGUCGGAGCUCCGCCGCCUCGCGCACGAGCUCGGCGCCGCCGGACUAGGGGGCAACGGCGACGCCCGCGUGGUCCGUGAGCGCAUCCGCAGGGCGCGCGCCGACGUCACGCGCCUGGCUCGGAACACGGCGCGGAGGCUGGCCGACCCCGCCGCCGCCGCCGCGGUCGGGCCUAACCUGGCCGCGGACUUCCAGGCCGCGCUCAGGGAGUUCCAGUGGGUGCAGGACCGGAUCAUCGAGGCCGAUCGCCAGGAAACCGCCGCCGCCGCCGCCGCCGCCCGUCUUGCGCCGCCGCUGAUGUUUCCUCCUCCGUCGCCGCCGAGCUACGGCUCUCCCAUACGAUCAUCACAACUGAACAAUGCCAAUACCAAUGCCACUGCCGGCGCUGCCGAUCAGCAAUGCAACAUCCAGAUGCAGCAACAGCAGCAGCUGGUGGAAUCACGGAGGACGCAGGAGCUAGCCCUGCUGGACAACGAGAUCGCCUUCAACGAGGCCCUCGUCGAGGAGAGGGGGCGGGAGAUAUGCAAGAUUCAGCAGGAGAUCGCUGAGAUCAACGAGAUCUUCGUGGAGCUCGCAAAGCUAGUCCGUGACCAGCAAUGGAACAUCGAUGUCGUCGAGUCCAACGUGGAGAAGGCCGCCAUGGAGACGAGCAAGGCGGAAGAGAAGCUCUCCAAGGCCGCACUGACGCAUGAGACGAACUCGUCGAUGAACUGCUUGCUGAUCACUGUUUUUGGGCUCGUCAUGUUGAUCUUUGCGUUAGUGUUUGUAGCGUAG